AUGAGACAGCAAACCUUACCCAGGUACACAUCCCAGUCAGGACUCUUUACAGGGAGCUCAUCUCUUUUGCAGCUAUUACAAUUUGAUUGUGACACUUUCCUCCCCCCCGCAGGCAUGCUCAAGCGCACCAAAUACAGUCGUCUGCGCAACGAUUCCGUCACAUCUCCAGAGGAUCGGCCCCAAAGGAUGCCGCCCCUGAAGAGGGAACUCCCCUUGGACUCUGAUUUUGCCCAACUGGACCCCGGGACACCCCCACACCACGGAACGUCCAUCCUGAGGGACUUCAUCCCUCGAGUGGCCAACAUCCGGCUGCAGAGUCCCUUCCCUCUGACUGGCCUGAGGGGACAGAGGACCGCAGCAGGGGACAGACGCGUGGACGGACACGCUGACGGACCCUGUUCAGGAACACAAUGGGGAUCAGGACCCGAGCAGAGAAUUUGUGGCCAACCCUCCCUUCAUGUCCCGUUUACCAGUGGCCACAGCCGGAGUCACUUAGCCCUGCUCUGCGCAAAAAGACCCAUCACCCUGCACCGGAUGGCCAGCCUCCCCUGGACCCCCGGCUGUCCCCCCUGCCCACAGCACAGAGGGGGUCCGUGCUGUGGGAAGACUUCCUCUGCAGCAGAUGACUGUACAGUGGUGGGGACGGCAAACAGAGCAGUGCAUCAUAACAUCAAGUACAUGGGCAGUGUGGAGGUAACCCAGUCCAUGAGGAACCUCGACUUUGAUACGAGAAUGAACGUGACACGAGAGGCUAUAAGCAGACUGUGCGAGAGGACAUCAGCCAAGACAGCAGUGAAAACUAAAAGGUCUGUGUACAAGGGGCCGUCGGCUGUUCUUGGUCGGAUGAACCUGCAGUUUUCCGGGCGCAGGAUCAUCGUCACCGUCUCCACAGACAGUGUGACUCUGAUCACAGCCUCCUCCUCACAGAAGAUCGCCCACCACCCCAUGCAGGCCAUUUCAUUUGCCUCGGGCGGAGAACCAGACGUGGUCGAUUACAUCGCUUACGUUGCCAAAGACCUCACCAAUCAGAGAGCGUGUCACAUCCUGGAGUGUCCACAGGGUGGGGCCUGCGAGCUCAUCAACAGCAUCGGUCAGGCCUUUGAGAAUCGUUUCCACCAACUCCUCAGCCACACACCUUCACUCCUCUGCACUGAUCCCAGGUCAGCAGUGAGAAUCAGUAACGAUUGGACAGAGGAGUCAACAACAGAGCAGGAGGUCAAACAGGAAGGUGAAGCCCAUGAGCACAGUGACUAUUACAAUGUGAUCCCGGGAAAGACGCCCCCUCCUGGUGGGAUAGAGGACCUGCGCAUCACAAGGGAGGAGAGCAAGCAAGAUCCUGACAUUCAAGAGGUCUGUUUGCCUCGGCCCGUUUCACUGUAUGAGAACUGCUCCAUCACAGAAGAGACUCCAGCUCCAACUAGAGUGGGAUGUGAGGUCAGUGGACAGGGCUCUCCUCUCCCUGAGUCACUGAUCCAGGACCUGAUCCAGGAGGAAGGCUGGUUCCACGGCAGGCUGGGACGGAAGCAGGCCGAGUCCCUCCUCACCUGCAGUGGGGACUUCCUGGUCAGAGAGAGCAGCUCUGCGUCGGGUCAGUACGUCCUCAGCGGCGUGGAGGGAGCCACCGUGCGGCACCUGCUGCUGAUCGACCCCCAUGGAAAGGUGCGGACCCGUGACCAGGUGUUUCUGAGCGUCGGUCACCUGGUGCGAUUCCACAUGGAGAACCAGACGCCCAUCGUGUCUGGGAGCAGCGAGCUGCUGCUGAAGCAGCCGAUCCUGCAGAGACACUGAUGCUCAUUCAUCGGCUUCGUAGUCACACGUGCAGACAUUAGCCUUCAGCGCUGGUGGGACUCAGCAUUUUUGUGAGAUGAGGAACAAUGUACCAAAAAAAAGAAACUAAAACUUUUAAACACUUUUAGCUCCUUGACAACAUCCAGCACUUUCCACAGUAUUUUAUUAUUUGGCCAUGAAAACACAUGUGUUGUAUAUGUUCAGUGAAUAGCUCCUGACAUGUGAGUAAACUUGUGCCUCUCCCUGGGUGGAGAACGGCUGCCGGCCUGCAGAGCUCGUCUCUCUGUGUCAGGAUGAAUUUGUUGGUGUUUACUCAAAGUCCAAGCACAAUCACUGGUAUCGGGAGGAAAUGAGCAGAAUGUUGGCAGGCGUUCAGAUUCACUUUCUUUACAUGCUCAAUUCAUCUUUCAUUCUUUUUUUCGUUUGUAUUUGUUAUUCCUCCGUGUUCCUGCCUUUUUUUUUAACUUGAAAACCACUUUUCAUUCCACUUUUCUAUUACUUUCUUAAUAUGGAAUUGAAAUACUCUUAGUAACCAGCCGCAGUAUUGCAGUCUAGUCUCAGAUAAGC